UUGAGUUUAGAGUGUUCUGCUCUACAAUGCUGUGAAGCAACUAACUUACUAACACUUGCAGUCGCCGCACACUCCGGCUUGGCUAAACGACUAUCUUCGUGGUGCCGGUAUGGAAAUGUAUACCGAGAAGCUCUCGCAGGCUUUUGUGGGGAUUCACGAGAUACUCCCGAUUGGCUGAAUCUAUACCUAUGCGGGGCAGGUAUGGAAAUGUACACCGACACACUAUCGCACUCAUUCGUUGGAAUGACAUUUCCCGAAGCGGCAGAGUAAGC